AUGGCGCCCUGUGCAUUCUGUCUGUACCUGAACUUAGUGAUGUUGUUCACACUGAGGUCUAAAGAAAUGUUCACCGAAACUCCUCGCUACAUACUAUUCUGUCACUUGCUCCUGUCCGACUCGAUGCAGAUGUGGUGCACUUUUAUCUACUACAUACUUUACACGGCACCGUUGGAUGAGGCAACUUUAAGCGUAAUAGGCUUUUACUGCUUCUUUAAUUACCUUGUCUGUCGAAUCACAAACAACUAUCUCACCCCGCUUUAUCUAGGCCUUAUGUCACUGGAGCGCUAUGUGGCCAUAUGCUUUCCCCUUCGACACGCCGACAUAGCCAACAAAAGCAGGACCAUUGUGGCCGUCGUUUCUGUUUGGAUACUGGGCGCAGUCCUUUGGAUAGUCGACCUGGCCGCUGCCAUGGCAUUCCAGGCCGGCCAGGGGAGCUGUACGGACUUCAUCCUCUCCCAAAUGUCAGUCACCUAUCAGGUCAACACCGCCUUGACUGGCCUUGUGUUCGCGCUGGUGAGUGUUGUUAUUGCGUGUAUAUACAUAGCCAUCAUGCUGACGGCCAGGGCUUCAGCGAACACUAAGGACUCCUCCUCUGCAACUAAGGCCCACAAAACGGUGCUGCUACACAUGGUGCAGCUUGGCCUCUGCAUGCUAUCGCUUCUGUUUGGGGUCAUUCGCAGGUCGCUGGCUAUGAGUGGGCUGAGCCGGGUGGUUGUGCAAGAAAUAACAACUUUUUUGUUCAUAACGUUGAACAUCUUGCCCAGGUGCCUCAGCCCUCUCAUUUACGGUCUAAGAGACAAUAUCCUGACACACAGAGAGUCUUCCUCGGCCAUCUUCAUCGCCUUGGCUUAG